CGCCUGCACUUGACUCGACUGGAGGGCGCGUGCGCCUCACCCAGACUCCGUCAGACACGCCGCUGCUCUUUGCGCUUGUCGAUUCGAACGCUGCCCCCUGGCCGGCGGGCACGCGGGCUGUGCCAUGUUAGUUGCCUGGCUGCAUUGUGUUGUCAGCUGAGCGGUGCGAUGCCGCUGCAUUGCUACGGAUCUGCGUGUCUCAGUCGGAAGUUGAGAGCCGGCAUUAGCGCUCCUAAGUUAUUCUGGAAGCAUAGGCAGCCUCUCCUGCAGCAUUUCGUCUGACAGCAGAAUAUGAUCUCCAUGGAAAAUCAUCCAUCGCCAUAAAGCAGGAGUCUGCGUAUCGGAGGGGCUUCGCAACAGCCCACUUUUUUUUUCCUAUCGAUGACUUGAAAUUCGCGAUGUGGUGGCUUACAUAACUGAGUGAAUGGGGGGUGGAUGUCAUGAGGUUAAUCAUUACCAUUACGGUGGAUUUCUGGAGUUCUUUCGGCAAGAGGAGUCGGUGCUCUCCAUCAAUAAUUAAUGCAUUUUUAAAGCAGCGGGAAAGGCAGAGAGAGCGCGCAGUGAGAGAGGUCCUCUUUUCGAAGAGUAAUCGUCUGCACAUCAUGUCUCACUGUGACAGAUCCCCGAAAAGAGCCGACGAGGAGGACAAAGGAGGAUGAAGCAAGGAAGGGGGACCUUAGAGGUAGAGGGGGAAUAUAAUGAAGUUGAGUGGGAAAGGAGUGUGCGCCGUCGCAUCCAGCUGCCUGCUCUUCGCCUGCGCCCUCGGCGCCGUCGCCGUCGGAAUCAAGAGCUUCUUGCUGGGCACCGAAGUGAAGGGGCAUUUCCACCUGGGCACCGCGGCAGGAGCUUUCUAUUCGGGGCUGCUAGUCUGCCUCGGGCAGGUGCUGCUCGGCGUGGCUUUGAUCUGCUGCAAAGGGAAGCCCCGGGGUCAGAAUUUCUUCCUGCUGGGAGUCUUGGUGUUUAUGCUGGGAGUGCUGACUGCCUUCUCGGGAGCUGUGAUCGACGGAGACACCGUGUCCCUGGUGGAGAGGAAGUAUUCCCAUUACUGUCUCAAUUCCCUGGAUUUAAAGCCCAUCUGUGAGAAAUUAAAGGCUUACCAAAGGAGUCUGGUCAUAUCGACUAUCCUUAACACCUUGGAGUGCCUCUUAGGGCUUCUAAACCUGCUGAUCGUCAAGCGCUAUAAAUCUGCUCAGAUCUACAGGAGACACUCGCAGAGACAAAGUGUGGGAGCCAUUCUCUUCAAUGAGGAGCAGGACUUCACCGUCGGGGAGUUUCACUUCCAGCCCGUUUCUUACAUCAACCUGGGAGUUUUUCACGUCUUUGACGAAGCUGGGGUGGAAGUACAGUGCGGCGGACACCCGUCAGUGGAGCUGCCCGGCUACUCGCCCAGCGAUCCCGAGUUGAACCACUCGUACCCGUUCUCGUACCCUUUGCCCAACGAGCUGCCACCCGCCUACGAGGAGAUCUUCCCGGCGGAAAGCAGCAACAAAUAGCAAGCGGAGGGAAAACACAGCAACGGCAGAUCGAAAAAAAAAAUUAAUAAAACAACGAGAAAGCGAACCAGCUGUCCAGUAUGCAGUGACAAUCAUUAAAAAAAGAAAAGAACGGAACUCUCGAGCUGCUCCAAGCGGUAAUGUUUUCACAUAACAAACCGGUUUAUGAUGCCUUUUCAUCUCUCAAAGUCAUGUUAUGUCAGGAAAUUUACAAAAGAAUAAAAACUACGAGAAAUAAACGAAAUAUUAGACUUAUCCAGUUCAACAGCAGAUUAUUCAUAUUGAAUCCGAGCUUCUGCGAAGUUAGCUGAGAGGAUGCUGAGCACUUAACCCAAACGGCGCCCGCCUGCCCCGUGCCCAGCAACCUCAGCCCUCUCACCGACGCCGGGUCCGUUUGGGUGGUGGAUGUGUUUCGGUGAAUGGUCCGCCAGCUCGAUCUUGGGGACAGUUUAUGCAUUCAACCAAGAAUGGUUCAUUAUUACAAGCCUUAGUCUUUAAAGAGGAGGGGUGUGAGGACAGGCGGCGUCCGGUGGUCUCAAGACAUAAGCCUUUCAGCCUUUCUCGGGCAGGUGCGCAAUACCUUUUGAAAUAAUCCGUUAUUCCAGAGGCAAGCAGGUUGGUGAACUGGCGCUGCUAAAUUGGCCCGCGCGUGCGUGUGUGUGUGUGUGUGUGUGUGUGAAAAUAUCCAUCCUGCGAUGGACUAGCGCCCCGUCAAGGGCUUGUUCCUGCCUUGUGUCCCAGGCUUGCUAGGAUAGGCUCCAGGUUCCCCGACACCCUGCUACGGAUAAUCGGAUUAAGAAAAUGGACGGAUACCUUCGGAGGGCGACUCCAAAGAAAUUCUGUAGGAUGUUUUCAUAAAGACAUCGGCGUCUACCUUAUGAUAAAGAAUGCGCAUUGCCAUGAGACCGAUUUAACCCUUUAGGGUAAUAUUAUUAUUAUCAGUAUUAUUAUUGCCUUGUACUCGGUGCUUCUGGGAUAGGCCCCGCCCCCCGUGCCCCUAAACGGGAUUUAGUAAAAGUCAGAAUGUUAUUUUUUUAGUGGCCCCUCACAUUUUGCACACACACACACUUGUCACGUCCAGCAAACCACCGUCUCGGUAUCUGUAUUAUUAUUCACGAUAUUCCGUCCAGUUUGAAGGAUUCUGCAGAAGGCAGCACAAUUUUAACUAAGACGAAAUCCUUUACGUCAUUCCGAUCACAGGAUUACUAACCACAGUCCGAGUGACAAGGAAGCGACCCCGAGGGCGUACUCGCUCGCCAUUGUCCCAUAUUGGUGACGGCCCUUUUCACCCGACACAACGCGAGGACUCGGCCUCUACGGCAAACGGAGCACAGGCGGGCACCGGGGGCUUCUGCAGUUCACGAGGAGAUUCCCAGCAAAACCUUUGCACGUCAGUGGGAGAGCUGGUUACUUCACUAACGCUGCUACUAUAGGCAGUGAUGAUAAAACUACACUCUGGACAGGCGCAGGUGAAAGUCUGCGGCCAAAUGUCAGGUCAGAGGCGAUGGCGGCAGAACGUACGCCUUUUGAAUGCGGAAUUGGUGAGCCGGAUAAGCACAAUUUGUAUACGGAGACGACUAUGUGACCAGCUGUAGCUUUUUCCUUUUUGGUUUCAUCAACUGCAAAUAGUACAAUAUUGAACUGACACCAAAUAUUUGAAGAUUAAAAUGUUUUCUCUACUGCAAAUAAAUAUUUUUUUUUUCUCAAAGUGUAUCAAUUUAAUAUGGAAAGCAAAUAAUUUCUUCACUCAAAGAGGCACAUCCUGCGCUUCUCUGUUACACAAGUGAUCUUCAUGGAAAUGGACUUUGAGAAAAUCAUCUGAGGCGCUUCGAUCAGCCUGGAGAGCUCUGCCAGGUCUGUAAAAUGAUAUGAUGGCAAUUUACAAAUAAAGUGCUAUUACAGCGUCUAAAGCCUCCCACACACACACACCUUUAUAUACGAUUGACAUAAAGACAGCACUGUGAACAAGUUAAGAGGCAAGGAAGUCAUUAUUAACUCUUUUCUAUUUUGUUUUUAAUUUUCUACCUUGACUCUUAAAAAGGCAAUGCAUUAAAAAGGCCAC